AUGACCGCGUCUGCCAUCCUCCCAUCGUCUCCAUCGAAUUGGAUGCCCUCCAGGUUUCUUUUUUUCUUGUGCCUAUUUACGGCUUUAGGUCAUCGGUAAUCUGGUCGGGGUGAUGAGGAAUCAAAUGCGGGAGACGGCGACGGAGGAAACCGGCCGUCCGGUAACACCGCAGAAGGGCGUCGGCACGUGGAUCUCCCGCCGAAACCAGAUUCUCGUCUUCUAACUUGGCCUAUUUAUUUCGGGCUUCUCUCCUCCCUGGCCAUUGCCACCCUGAUCCGGGGAUCUUGAAUCUGGGCUCACGAGAGGUGCCUGUUCUCUCCGAUCUUCGUUGGUAAGUCUUGGUUGCCCCCCUCCCCUCCUGUUUGUUUGUCCUCGGGUUGAUUGGGCGUCGACGGCGGUUUGGAGUAAUGCCUCGUUCCGUUUAGUCUUCUUUGCCCAGUGCAAUUCCCCUGUUCUUGGUGAAAUCGACUUGAAUCGGGAUCCCUUCUACCUAUUUGUCUGUAGACGACUCUCCUUGUGAUUAUGGCAUUGUUUGGAUCCUAUGACGCAAGUGGCUCGUUUUUCUUUUUUCAUGUGUUGAACGCGUGAUCUGCGAUCUUCUUACCCACGAUCGCUUAUUUGGCUGCACUGCUUCUUCAAGGGUUCAUCCGGAUCUGGAACAGAAAUUUUCCCACCUUCUCCAUAGAGUUUUUACCGUCCCCGUCUUUUUAUUAUUUGGCAGCGAAAUGAAGGCCAUUCAAUUAUCUUUAAAUAAUUCUGUCGUUUCUGUGGUCCUUUUUUAUGGAGUAAUAUAGAAAAAAAUUGGGCUUUGACUUUUGUGACGGGAAAGAAGGAAAAGUGUCUGUAUCUAUUCUUAGUUGUAAGAUGGAGGGUUUCGCUUUUGACUUCUGAAUUAGAUACUGAGAUUCGGACUUUUAAUUUAAUGCCAUUUUCUCUCUCCCUCUUCCUUUCUUUCCAGGGGGGGAGGAGGUGGAGGUUGACCUGGGCAAAGAAAAAUUCCACCCUCCACAUGGUGAGAUAAUUUCUUACUGUAAAAUUUAUCUGUUCACGUUUGACUAAGAACGCCGUGAGUCAGCUAGCCGUUUAUUAUUUUCCGGCGACAAACUGGUAGCCGAAGAGCAUUAACUCUUCAGUGGUUCUCGUUCUCAGGGUGAAGAGGUUCAGGCACCCUUUCUUAAUGGCUUGGAUGAGAGCUUGCUGGUGCAGCUUGAUUCAGAGGCUCAUGGCCAUCAGACUGUUACUAUCUUUGGGGAGAAGAUUGUGAGUCUAGCUCAUCAACAGGCUUUACUGAAUCUUUACCUUGGGUGAAGUCCCACAUGAUGUAGUCCAUGGCAUUGCUUAUUUGGGCAGUACUUAAUUGGCGAAUCUGAGAAUGGAGAUUCUUCCUCAGUUUGUGUGAGAAUUUUCGACUUAUCAGCAGGCAAAUGGUGAGAUUAUCGAGCAUUUCUCAUCGUCUUUAGCUUUAUCGGAGAUCCUGCAUGUAUUAGAUAUGUAUAUAUAUAUGUAUUUUUUAAUGAUCAUCAGGACGAUUCCUUCUGUGCUCGGCGCUGCACCGGCACCUUUCAGAGGACACUCUGCUAUGGUUUUGGGUGAAGAACGUUUACUCGUUCUGAAGCAGAAUUCAUCGCCGGAUGAUUGUGCCUGGUUUCUCGAGGUCUGGAUCCGGAAGAACGUUUCUUGAUGAUUUUUAUAAUUGUUCAUUAAUUCACGAUUCAUAUGGUUUCCAGUGACCAAUAAUCUUAUCUCUUCCUGAACCAUUGUUUUCUUACUGAUUAUUUUUAAUUUUUUUGCACCACUUUCCUGACAGUUCAACACGCCGUUCAUCAAAGAACAGAGGAAGAAGCUCGGUGUAGAAGUAGUCGCCUGGAGCAAGGGGGUGGAAGGCGACUGUCUGAAGCCCAUAGUCAUCAGCGGUCCCUCUGGUGUGGGCAAGGGGACUCUGAUAUCGAGGCUCAUGAAAGAGUUCCCUUCGACCUUUGGUUUCUCUGUCAGCCACACGACUCGCUCCCCUAGAGAGAAGGAGAAGGACGGCAUUCAUUACCACUUCACACAGAAGAAUGCCAUGGAGAAGGACAUAACCGAUGGCAAGUUCCUGGAACAUGCAUCCGUUCAUGGGAAUCUGUACGGGACCAGCAUUAAAGCAGUGGAGGCUGUGAUGGACGAGGGGAAGGUAAUAUCCUUUGGUGUUCAUUCGAUAAGAAGAUAGAACGAUUUAUCUCAGCUUUUCUCUUCUUGCAGAGAUGCAUCCUUGAUAUCGAUGUCCAGGGAGCGAAAUCGGUCAGGGCUAGCUCUAUCGAAGCCAUAUUUAUAUUUAUCUGCCCGCCGAGCUUUGAGGAACUUGAGAAGCGCCUUCGUUCAAGGUAGCCAGGCAGGAUCUUGAUGCUAUGAAUUCCGCUAAAAAAAUGAUAAGAUGCUAAGAUCUUAGCGCUGGCGCUUGUCGCAGGGGGACUGAAUCAGAGGAGCAGAUCCAGAAGCGACUGAGAAAUGCCCGGGCGGAGCUGGAGGAAGGGAAAACUUCUGGCAUCUUUGAUCAUUUAUUGGUGAAUGACGAGUUUGAGUCCUGCUAUGCAGACUUCAAGGUAGUAUUUUUUUCACAACUUUUACGAACAUUAUUUGCCCAUUUCUGUUAUUUUCUCUUCUUCCUAGUUCCAGGAUGUGGAGAUGUUCUGAUUUCAUCUCUGCAAUCUAUCCAAAUGCAGAAACUACUCUGCCUUGAAGGGCUCAAUGGUUCAGCUCAUCAGCCAUGUAAGUUCAGACUGCAAUGACCCAUAAAUAUUUCGACUGGUUUUCUCAAACAUACCUCUAAUGGAAACUAAAAGCAAUUAUUCAGCUAAGAAGAUCGAGGAAAUAACGAGCCACUCUGCGUCUAAAGAGGAUGGAAAGAUUCUGAUCUACUGCGGAGCAACAGAGGCGGGGAAGCGGCCCAGUUCCAUGUAAGUGGAUGAUGAUUAUCUGGUCAUUGAUCGCUGGUGGUUUCAUAAUUAUCUUCAUUAACCCUUUUCUUCUUGCUCUGAACUGGAAAUAGAUACACGAUUGAUGUGACCUCGCUCAGAGGGGGUGCUCCAGGGCCGACGACGGGGAUGAAGAUUCGUCCUACCGUUGCCCCCGGAGUGAAAGAGCUCUGA